AUGGCACCCUCUGCUGCCAGAGAACAGCCACCGCAGAAGACCAUCCGCACAGCUGGCUGGCAGCAGCAGCGACUGUGGGUGUUCGGAUGUCCCACACUCACAGAGAGCCUGAACCUCUCAGCUGCAGCUGAUCUCGGAGCUCCUGCGGGGAACAUGCGUCUCUGUGAGCUCUGCCUCUGGACCUGCUGGGCUGCAGCGCUCUGCUCCGCGGCACUGCAGCCCGCCGGGCACGCACAACAGCACGCGGGGCUGGAGAGGAGCCCGACCGGGGGGAGAAGGCUGAGCGCGGGCACAACUACGGCAGCACCGCGGGGGAGCGGGGGGAAGUCCGGGGACCGCCGGAGGGCAGCUCCGAGAGGGCCUCGAGUAUGUGGAGAUCGCUGCUGUGCUGGAUGGACGCUGUCGCCUAAAACCAGGGGAUGCACCAAACCCAGGUGUUCUCCUCCCUGCCGUAACGGGGCCCUGUGUCGACGGUUCAACAGGUGCGUGUGCAGACGAGGUUUCCAUGGUUACCGCUGUCAGCUGCCCAUGGCAACUCUUUCUGCACCAGGACACCUGCUGACAUCCAUCAACCCGACAGAGUUCCCGGUCCACCUCAGACCCCUCCGGGUCCCACCACAACCAGCUCUGAGCCCCCAGAGAAGCACCAAACCUGCUGCCAGCUCACCUCCACCCGAACCUCCACCUGAACCUUCAGACCCGAACCCGACUUCCGCUCAGGCUGAUGGAGAGAAGGACACAAAGGUCCCUGACUCUGGUCCUGCCAAGGCUGCAGGCUUUGGAGGUCAAACUGAAGGGAAUAACGGAGCUGACAGUGGAGGAGGUGUUUCCAAGCGGUUUCUGACUCGAGAGGAGAACCAAGCCUCCCCAAAAAGUCCCACUGUAAUCCGGCUAGAUCCAGAUCCUGAACAAGGGCUGACAGCCUCCAAUCAGAGUUCUGAUUCUGGAUCGGAAGCAGAGGAGAGGAGAUCAGGCACUUUUGAAACGCCUCCACCCAAGUUUGAUCCAGGACAGGACAAAGAGGAUCAGAAUGAGGGGAAAGCAAGGAUAGAGGAGAAGGAAAGGAGGACAGAAGAGAGGAAGGAGAAAAAGAUGGCGGGAGCAAAAAAGCUGAGCCUGAGAGAGGUCCAGGCAGUGCUGCUGAGAAAGAUUCUGUCACAGGGAGGAAGAGGUGACAAGAUGGCCACCCUGCUGAUGAAGCACAUUGAGAGGGAGAGGAAUAAAGUUCACAGUGCAACCUCCCCUUUUAAUGCUUCCUCAUCCUCCUCACUGAAAAGAAGUGUGAAGACAUUCCACACCCAGAAGGGGCAGUACAGCAUCCAUUUCAACACCCCGACAGGUCAGUGA